UCAAUCCACUGCAUUCAUGUGGUGCACUUUCAUUCAGAGUCAGGAUUGGUGGCUGCUAAUAAGGCAGAUUCCCACCUCACGCAGCACGGCAGGACUCUGUGCUAACGCACUCGGGGACAGCCACCAUGCUGCUGCUGCUCAGUGCUGUGCUCAUCCUGUGGGCUUCCUGUGCCAGCGGACAAGGGUAUUAUUUUUUUCAAGGAAGAACUUGUGAUUUUCCGGACAUAAAACAUGGAAAAAUUUAUGAUGAAAACAGCUAUAAAGAUACUUUCCCAGUUCCUAUAGGAAGACAUUUCUACUAUGCUUGUGAUCACAGCUUUGUGUCUUCUUCCCAAUCUUUCUGGAAUCCAAUAACCUGUACAGAGGAAGGGUGGUUGCCCACACCGAAGUGUCGCAGACAGUGCUUUUUCCCUUGGGUGGAAAAUGGCCAAUCUGCAUCUUCGGGACAAACCCACCUUGAAGGUGAGGCUGCAUGGAUUGUCUGUAAUGCGGGCUACAGCCUUCCAGACAACCAGCGCAGUACAACGUGUACAGAAGGCGGUUGGUCCAUCCCUCCCAAAUGCAGCCCUACCUACUCUUCAGAAAAAUGUGGGCCUCCUCCACCUAUCGACAAUGGCGACAUUACAUCAUUUCCGAUGCAAGAGUAUUCCCCUGGGUCAUCAGUUGAGUAUCAGUGCCAGUCCUUGUAUGUACUUGAGGGCCCCAAGAAAAUAACCUGUGAAAGGGGAGAGUGGUCAGAACCACCAAAAUGCUUAGGUAAGUACUUUAAUACUUCACAGCUCCUGGGAAAAGCAGUGUAAUGACUAUGAUAUCUA